UUCUAUCGCCAACGAAGCAUUUUCUUUGCAGCCCCAAUCGGCAACUGUUCUCACCGAUACAUCUUGAGUAAUUUUAGAAUUGAGAAGGGAACUUGUUAGCUUUGUGUAAAACAGGCAGAAGAGUAUUGAAUCGCAGUCAUCCAUCGACUGGCUCACCAGACAGGAAUAUUUCUGAUGGAUAAUAUAUGCUUUUCCGUUGUUUAAGAAAAGACGAGAUCUCGAGAAGCUUCCAUCAGAUCUAGUCGGUAUAAACGUGAUAAGGAAAAUCCUGGUAUAACUAUGGCAACAAAUCUUCUAGGCACCCGAGUUGUUCGUGGUCAAGAUUGGACAUGGGGAAACCAAGAUGGCGGAGAAGGUUCUGUAGGUACAGUAGUUCAAGUCGGAAAAGACAAGAAGUCGCCUGUGACAGCACAGCUUGUUUACGUACAGUGGGAUUGUGGAGGGAAGCACGACUACAGGGCUGGAAUCGAAAGGAAACACGAUCUUCGAGUUUUUAGUCUCACAAAUGGCGACGCGAAACAUCUAUUUAUUAGCUGCGAUGGUUGUAAAGAAGAUCCCAUCAUUGGACUGCGCUGGCACUGUUUAGAUUGUCCCAACUAUGAUCUGUGUAGCAAGUGUUACAUGAACGAUGUCCAUGAUGUCAAUCAUCGCUUUGAAAGAUUCGACAAGAGUCGCGCCAAAGGCAUCCCCGUUGGCAAAAGGCAAGGCGCCACUAAGAUUGAAGCCCGCGGAAUGUUUAAGGGAGCAAAAGUAACCAGAGGACCAGAUUGGGAAUGGAAGGAACAGGAUAACCAAUCUCCUAUGGAAGGCGAGGUUACUGAGGUCACCAGCUGGAGUGACGAGACUAAUAAUGAUGCUGUGCGAGUGAACUGGAACAAAGGACCGAAGGAGGACAUUUAUAGAUUGGGAACAAAUGGAAAGGUUGACCUCAAGUGCACUUCGCCAGCUGUUGGAGGAUAUUAUUACAAAGAUCAUUUACCACCGCUCACAAUGCAGAUAAGAAAAUCCAAAAGUGGGUUUAUGAGUGGUGACAAAGUCUACCUUCAGAAGCUUGCGAUAGGAAAGCUUCAGGAGUUAUCCGCUGGUCAUGGGGAAUGGAACGCAGACAUGGAAAGGUAUAUUGGAAAAAUUGGAGUCGUGCAGGAUUUCACACCCAAUGGUGACGUUGUUGUAGAGUAUCGCGACAUAAGAUGGCGUUACAAUCCAGCAGUUUUGUCAAAGAUUCAAAAAUUUAAGCAAGGCGAUGAAGUCGUAGUUAAAAGUGAUGAGAACUUUGUCAAAGAGCUCCAAAACGAACAUGGAGGAUGGAACGAGUCUAUGAUAUCAAUCCUUGGUCGUACUGGAAAGGUGUUGGAAGUUGAUAAUGAUGGUGAUAUUUUAGUGUCAGUAGAAGGCACCAGAUGGAUGUUGAGCCCAGCUGCUGUGACUUCUGUCACUGACCCAGACCUCCAGCAGUCAACAGAGGCUUGUGACAUGGGCAGCGAAGAUCCCUUAGGGCUUUUCAGUCUCUUUAGAGACUUACUACGUCAAGCUCAUGAACAGGAGGCUCACGGCCUUGUGAAUGCUGCGCAAAGCAACCGCCUCUCAAGACUCAUUGAGAUCUUGGAUGCUAACCCAGAACGGAUUGACGAGCUGGAGGGUGGUCACACUGCUCUUCAUGUUGCAUGUCACCAGGGGCAUUGUGAAAUCAUCAGAGAAUUGGUUGAGAGAGGAGCCAACAUGGACAUACUGGAUAAUCAGGGAUACACAGCCAUGCAUCACUCUACUUACCAAGACGAAAGCGGUGAAGCAUUGAAACUGUUACUGGAGAAAGGCUUUGACCCAAACGUUCAACACAGAAGUAAUAAGAGCACACCCUUACAUUUGGCUGUGAAAAGGAAAAACGAAACGGCAGUACAGAUCCUGACACAGUGCCCCGAGUGUGACGUCAAUCUACAGGACGAGGCAGGUGAUACCCCUCUCCAUGAUGCCAUCCGAGCAAAACACCACAGCAUGGUGGAUAUGCUGUUAGAGUGUCCAAGAAUUUGUUACACUCUUUGUAACGGAAAAGGUUUCAAUUAUCUUCAACACGCUGUUUUGAAAGGAGAUAAACGCGCCGUGGAAAAAGUUUUUGCCAAAACCGGGAAUUCUUUGAAUGUUGUUAAAAAUGAUGGGUUUACGACCCUUCAUAUUGCAGCAAUUAAUGAUCAUCGUGAGAUAGCUAACAUCCUUUUAAAGAAGCCGGGGUGUGAGGUCGAUGCUCUGACCGCUAAAAAUCAAUCGGCUCUUCAUUUAGCCGCCAAUGAAGGGUACUCAGUCAUGGUAGGGAUAUUGUUGGACCAUGGAGCCAGUGUGAAUGCGGUGGAUGAUGACGGAGAUACAGCGCUUCACAUCACUUUAAUGAAGGAACACGUUUUUAAGAGAAAUCCGGAAGUAAUGCCUGGUCUGGAGUUACUACUUGGUGUACGAAAGAGCAGUGCGCCCUUUGUUGCUGUUUCACGCUGCUUGUUAAGCUAUGGAGCUGACGUGUUGAAAGUCAAUGGCUCUGGGGAAACACCGCUGGACAGAUGUCGAGGAUCAGAAGUUGAGCAACUCAUUCGGAAGAUUGCAGCCUGUGGAGGAGCUACAAACAACAAGAAAGUUCCAAGUUUUGGGUCCUCGAGCGGGUCGCAAACCGAACCCGAGUUAGGCGAUGCUUCAUCUUCAGCAAGUGCGGUGACACAGACAGAUGAGACUGAAAAAGAUGAUGGAAUUCAAACAGAUAAAAUUGGUAGCACAGAUGAGGCAGAAGAUGCGUUUUUAAGGGACGUAAUAAAGGACUUGUGCAGAGGAGAUCGAGAAGACAUUAGGGCGGACAUCGGCCUAGUAAAUGCUGCACAAAACAACAACCUCUCGAGAGUCAAGGAAAUCUUGGAUUCUAACCCAGAGCGGAUUGAUAAGUUAGUGGGUGGUCACUCAGCUCUCCAUGUAGCAUGUCACCAGGGGCAUUGUGACAUCAUUAAAGAAUUGCUUGAGAGAGGAGCUAACAUGGAUAUACUGGAUAAUCAGGGAUACACAGCCAUGCAUCACUCCACUUAUCAAGACGAAAGCGGUGAAGCAUUGAAACUGUUACUGGAGAAAGGUUUUGAUCCAAAUGUUCAACACAGAAGUAAUAGGAGCACACCCUUACAUUUGGCCGUGAAAAGGAAAAACGAAACGGCAGUACAGAUCCUGACUCAGUGCCCCGAGUGUGACGUCAAUCUGAAGGACGAGACAGGUGAGGCCCCUCUCCAUCAUGCCAUCCUUCUACAACACCACAGCAUGGUGGAUAUGCUGUUGGACUGCCCAAGAGUUUGUGUCACUCUUUAUAACGGAAAAGGUUUCAAUUAUCUUCAACUCGCUGUUUUGAAAGGAGAUAAACGCGCCGUGGAAAGAAUUUUUGCUACAACCGGAAAUUCCUUGAAUGUUGUCAAAAAUGAUGGGUUUACGACCCUUCAUAUUGCAGCAAUUAGUGAUCACCUUGAAAUAGCUAAGAUCCUCUUAAAGAAGCCGGGAUGUGAGGUCGAUGCUGCAACUGCUGAAAAUCAAUCGGCACUUCAUUUAGCUGCCGAUAAAGGACACUCGGUCAUGGUGGAACUGUUGCUGGACCACGGAGCCAACGUGAAUGCAGUGGAUAGUGACGGAGAUACGGCGCUUCAUAUCGCUUUAAUGAAGGAACACACACUACAGAGAAAUAUGGGAUUUAUGCCUGGUCUGGAUUUACUACUUGGUGUACGAAAUAGCAGUGCGUCCGUUGUCGCUAUGUCACGCUGCUUGUUAAGCUAUGGAGCUGACGUGUUGAAAGUCAAUGGCUCAGGGAAAACACCGCUAGACAUAUGUCGAGGAUCAGAAGUUGAGCAACUUAUUCGGAAGAUUGCGGCCGGUGGAGGGACAACACGCAAUAAGAAAGUUCCAAGUUUUGGGUCCUCGAGCGAGUUGCGAACCAAAACUGAGUCAGAGGAUGCUUCAUCUUCAGCAAGUGCGGCGACUGUGGCAAGCGAAACUGAAAAAGAUGAUGAAAAUCAAACAGACAGUACGAAUAACACAGAUGAGGCAGAAGAUACGUUUUUACAGCGCGUAAUAAGUGACUUAACAGAGGAGAUGUCAGACGAGAUGGAGAGCAAAGAUGUUCAAGAAGGCGUCACAGCUGAAAGUGUAUCAAAGGAACCAGCCCUGGUGGAAAAUAUAAUGAUGGAAGAUACAUUGUGUCAGGAGAAUGUGGUGUUGGAAGUGACUAAUAAAGUUGAAGUGGAAACCUGGGCCCUAGACAUCUCAAACAACAGUGCUGUCCAACCUGCUGAAAUGGCAGAGAAUAACACCGACACCAAAAUGGGUGACAGUGAGGGCCCACCAUCACAAACCUCUGAUGAUCAAAAAGUGCUGUGUUACAUAUGUGAGGAGACUGAGGCUGUUGUUGCAUUCAAACCCUGUGGCCACACUGUUGUAUGCAUAGAAUGUGCAGCCCGAUUAAAGAGAUGUUUGGAAUGUAAAACACCUAUUUCUGGUAAAGGAACGAGAGAUGGUAACCCAAUCAUUGGAAUUAACAACAAGUCCUUGGUCUCGCAAUAUCAGCAACUUGAAGCAAAGUUGCGGAAAUUGGAGGAAUCUGUUGUGUGUUGUAUUUGUGUGGAAAGGAAGAAGGACAUCAUUUUCCGUUGUGGUCACGGCGCAUGUCAGUUUUGUGUAAAGCAGCUUAGUGUCUGCCAUAUUUGCCAGAAGCCCAUCGAGAUGAAAAUACAAACAUUUUGAUUA